CGGGUUAAUUCUAAUUAUCAGUGUUUUUAUUGGAUGGUUCUGGUGAAAUGCUUUCCUUAUGUAAGAACUCUAAAUAGUUUUGAUAACUGGAGAAACACAUCUCAUUGAAAUUAGGAAUGUGCCACUGUACAUUCACUGUGGAAAAACUGGGCAAAUCAAUGGAUGCUUUAAAUACCUGAUAAGUAUGUUUGAGAUGAAGGCAGUGCUUUCACUUUGAAGCAUGUCUCAAUCAGUAGACCUUGAGCUUAAAAGACAGUGAUGACACUUUAUUUUUUUUAAGGUUACUAAAAUAGUAUUGGUGCUUAAUCCAUACAGGGCCAAGCCACAAAAUGGCAUUUGGAAAACUGAGAAACUGUACAGUUUGGGGCCAGUGCUGUGAAAAAAUGACUGCCAUUGGCAUGAUGAAACUUUUAUGUCACACAACCAGAAAUGAGAACAGGUAUGCAAAAAGAUUCUUUGGUACUCUUCUGACACAAACAUCACAAAAGAGGGUCUUGUCUCCAUUCUGGCUGGUGGUACCUGACCUUACAAAAUCAGCUGUGUUUGGACUUACUCAACCAUUUUGUACAGCUGAAAAAUCUCAAACGGCACCAAAAAGCAAAGCACAGUUUGGAAGUGUUGGGCGAAGAAUUCCCUAUCGGAUUUUGCAUGUCAUCAAUCAGGAUGGAGAGAGCUUAGGACAUAUGCACCGAGCAGAGGCACUCCAACUUAUGGAUCAGCAUAACCUGAAGCUAGUUCUUCUUCGCGAGAACGCAGAUCCUCCUGUCUACAGACUCAUGACUGGGCAGCAGAUUCACGAAGAACAGCUCAGACGCGCAGAGAAGAAAAAAGGAAGUCCAAAACCAGGGGUGGUCCAGAAGGAGUUAUCAAUUUCUUCAACUAUUGCCAAGAAUGACUUAGAGACCAAGACUAAGCAGAUAGCACAGUGGAUUGAAAAGAAAUACCAUGUUAAAAUUACCAUCCGGCAAGCAAGAGAUAGCAACACAGACAUGUUCCUGCUGUUUGAUCAAAUUUUAGAAACUGUGUCUGAGAAAGCCACUUACCUUUCCAAGCCAAAAGUUGCCAGAGAAGGAGUAAGUACCUGUGUUUUGAGACACAUGUCUGACAAAGAGUUGAAAGCAUACCAGAAGAAUAAAAACAGUACAGAAGAGAACAAGGCGAGUGAAGAUCUGAAGUCAAAUGACUUGUGUCAGUGACUCUGAG